AUGCAAAACUAUUCCGCAGAAAGUAUAUCUGAUCAUAAAUCAGUUCAUUUUAAUAAUAUUCCAAUUGAUACUUUUUCUGAAAAAAACAUAUGGAUCCAAAAUGUUUCGAGUCAUGAUUUAACUUAUCGCGUUUCAUUAAUGUACAUACUCAAUAGCAUCGACCAAGUUUUUAAAGUUUCCGUCACCUCAAUUCCUGUAAGCCCUUUUGAUUGGGCCGAAGUAAAAAUUGUAUUUAAGCCCAAAACCGUCGGACAAUCAUAUACGGAAUAUUAUAUGAUAGAGGAUACAGCUGGAAAUACUUGUAGAUUGACUGUAACAGGAAAAUGUUUCGGGCCAAGGGUGUUGCUUAAUAAAAAACAACUCGUGUUUAAUAUAUUGAAAAAUGUAAAUAAACAAAUACAAGAAACUAUAAAUAUUAUUAAUAAAUCUUCUGUUGACGCUACUUACCAGUGGCUCUUACCUGUUGGAGGGCAAGGAUUUUUUCAAAUUUCAACUGGUAACUGUGGAGUAAUUCGUGCAUUUGAAAAAAUAAACACAACUAUCACAUUCACUGGUAUAGCGCUUGGAUUUUAUACAGCAGAGUUAGUUUGUUUGGUUCUUAACCAGGAACCUUUAUAUUUAAGCAUAAUAGCGUAUGUAGUACUAGCUGGUACACCCCAGUAUAACAUACAGGAUCAUAUUUUCGAAAAGUAUUGGAAACGAAAAAGUCGAUCGACACAUUUAAUGGAGAAUAGCUUAAACCGUCUAAGUUACAUACCAGCGGCUUCGGUUUUUGACAGAUAUUUAGACUUUGGUACAGGGAGUGAUAAAGACAUGACCUUGAAUAUAUCAAAGACAUUAUGUGUUACCAAUCAUAGGCAAGAAGACGGUUGCAUACAAUGGCUUCCAGAUGCGGAUAAUGUGUUCCUCAUUGAUCCAAUAACAACUGUGAUUCCGCCAAACGAAUCUAGAUUGUUCACUGUCAGAUUCAGGCCAAAAGCUGAUAACGAUGUCUAUAGCUAUUUAUUAUGUGGCGAUUAUCAGUACAAGAUAUACAAUAAUGAUAAUUCUGAUGUAAUAAAAAUCAAACACACCUUGUUCAGAAUACCUUGUGUUGGCAACACAUGGUCUCCUUGCACUGAAUGGAGUACAGAAUGGAACUGUCCCUCUGAGAUAAUUCUACCUCCAACAGUUCCAUCUAGAACAGCUUUUAGCAAUUUUUUAUUAUCGAAUAAAUUGGAUAUACCGAUGCAUUUCAAAUUAGAAACGCCACCUAAAACAAAUUUUGUCGUGUUGCCUAUGUGUGGAAUUGUAUCAGGACGUGGAUGGCAAAUACUAACGGUAGCUUUUGAGCCAUUGUCGUUUGGUGAAUACUGUGAAAAUUGGGACCUUAUCAUUAACAGAAAUCAAAAAGCUCGUAUAUGUUUUUCCGCUAGUGCGGAAAUUAGUCAAGUUGAGAUGAUGUCCCAUGGAUAUAAUCCAGAUACGCACGCAAUGUAUGAGUUCCAACCCACAAUAACUGGCUGCACUAACUAUUGUACUGCAUACCUACAUAACCUUACUCGGAUGGAAAUACAUAUGAGGAUUCUAAAUAGCGUUGCAUGGUUGGGAGCUGAUAAUUGUGGAUCUUUAGUGUUAUCACCAAAAGAAAUAGUUCGCUACCAUUGGUGGUUCUUCCCCAAAGAACCGAACAAAGUCUACAAAACAACUGUGACGUGUAGCUUUGUCUGUUUGAUUAACGGCAAACCAAUAGGUGAGCCAACUGAAGUGUUAGUUCAAAUAAAUGGAUUUUCGGAGUUACCAGAUUUAAGAGUAUUACCAAAGACUUUAAACAUUCACGAUGCGUUGGUUGGUAAAAACGUCACGUUUAAUGUCACGCUAUAUAAUUAUGGUUCGUGCUAUUUUACAUCGAAAUUGUAUCACACUAUUGACGGUAUGGGUGAUGAUUUCAAAGGAGAUAAGUUUGAAAUUGAGUCUUCAAUUAAUAGUUUGAAACCAUCGAACCACUGUAAAGUGAAACUGACGGUAACAGCGGACGGAGCUGGUUCUAGACAAAUAAAUAUCAAGUACACUGUUCUGUUUCGUACAGAAUAUGAGGAAGUGGAAGAGAUACAACCAAUAAACAAAAAGAUUUGCAUCGUUUGGUAUGAUGGAAUAUACCCAACUAUCAAAGUAAAACGCACAAUAUCAAUUAAGUGCCCCAUCAUUCUGAGUAAUCACUGCGUCUGGAACAUAGUUAACGUUGAAGAACUGAACAAAUGUCUUCAAGAAUGUCGUCCCAAUAAACCAUUAAAUGUCAUUCUGCAUGCUCCUGAUCUUUGUUUACACUCUGAAGACGUUGAAUUUGCGUUUGUUUUGAGUUGCGUAUAUUCAGUACCUGUACCGUUCAGUUUUCGUAGGGAAAAAAUAUGCGAUUGUGAAAUGGUUGAAGUUCAAGUCGGUAUAUCAACGUAUGAGAUGAGACACACAUGUGUUCACAGACCUUUGGUUGAACUAUUUCCUAUGAACGGAAUUGUUGCGCCCAAUAAUCCUGUGUUGGUACAUAUAAAAUUUAAAUAUACACUUAAGGGACGGAACAGUCUUUGUUUUGUAAUGACUUUGCCUAACCAACGAACUAUAAACGUUUUUAUCCAUGUAAAUACAAUGAUGAAUACAAAAGGAAUGCUUACUGCUUUACGGAGACCGACCAUUGUGGAUGAUUAUUUAACCGUUUUAGAUUGUGGAAGAGUUCCCAUCAAUAACUUGGACCCCGUGAUACGAAUAGCAUGGCUUUAUAAUCCAACCGAAGUAUUUACAACAUGGCGUCUUUUACGCGGGAAUUCUGUCACGUCAGACCCGGUUAUACGUUGUCUACAAUACUUCGCGGAAGUUCCACCGAUGGAUAAAUUGGCAAUACCCUUCGCUUUCAUGCCAACGGAAAUGAUUGAUUAUGAAAUUAUUUUUUUUUGUUCAUUUGGAUACGACAUAGUGAAACUUCUAGUCAAAGGACAAGGAGGCUUACCGAAUUGUUUUGAAACGAGGCUCGAUAUACCUUUAUAUGUGGAAAAAAUAAUUCGGUCCACGUAUAGACACAAUGUUGUCUCGCUCUCAAAAGAACAUCUCACAAUACCAAUAAUGCCCACACAUUCACUUACAAGAGACAUUAUAGCUAUUAACAACGAUACUGAAAAUACUAUGAGGUUUAUUUGGUUACCAGAACGUAUAGCAAAUGUUGUCAACGUUGUAAUGACGCCAUGGUGGGGAGUUAUCCAGCCAAAAAGUUCCGAGUGGAUUACGGUGACCGUAUAUUCUCUACAAGAACCGGCAACAUUUACGACAACAAUUUCGUGCGAAAUUCUAGAUUUGACCAAGCGCAAAGAGUACCAAGCGAACGAGAUACUGAGGAGAAAUAAAAUAGACAAGUGCAGCCGAGAAUUUAUAUUAACUGAGGAAGGACUAAAAAAUCCAGCUAUAAAUGACUGUCCACCUUACGUACUCGAUAUCAAGAAGCCCAAAGCUUCAUACCUGGCUAUGACUAUAGCGAUAUCAUCAAUGGGACAGCGAGAUGGAUUCCCAAGAAUGAAGUUAAAGCAGAUGUGGGAACAGCCUCCGCCUUAUGACUUGUUGUCAACUGACUUGACCAAUUAUGGCGAGCAUUUAGAGAAUUCGACGGGAAACAGCAUGGCAACGAAUGAUGUAAUAAAAAUAAUGGAUGGAAUAUUAUGGGACGCAUUGCACAGUAAGAUGUUUAAAGCUCACGUUGAAUUUUAUGCAAUGGAAAGUAUACCGCCAUACGAACAAUUAAUCAAAGUUAUGGAUCAUGAUUCGAAGAAGCUAAGUAGACGAGUAACAUCAGGAAUAUGCGACGCUAUUGUCAAUAAGGCAGUAUUUCAUAUUUAUAAUCUCAAAACAAAACAAGGGUUAUCAAUUUUGGAAGCUGAAUAGUUAUUCCUUAUAGUCCAUUUUAAAAUUAAUUUAAAUAAAAUAUAACAAAAACAAAAGUAAUUUCAUUCAAUUAACAUUUAUUA